GUAAUAAUAAGAAAACAUUUGACGAAGAAAGAAAUCAAAACUCAUGUAGAAAAAGAGAAAAAAAAGCUGAGAGAAAAAGCCAAGACAAAACAGAGGCAGAGGAAGAAGAGGCGUGAGCUGUCUGAUACAGAGAGUGAGGAGGAAGAAGAAGAGGCACCAUUUAGAACUCCUGAUUAUGAAGAGUUCUACUUCCCUUGUAAUAAAUGGCUAGAUAAAAAAGAAGAUGAUGGGACGAUUGAGAGGCAGCUCAAGUGUAUGAAGAAGCAAUUUCACUACAAGGGAGAGGCCAGUCAUGAAGCCCUUAACACAGUAUACCAGAUCAUAGUCAAAACAGGAACAAAAUCUUUUGCUGGGACUGAUGCCAAUGUUUACAUACAGCUACAUGGAAAGAAGGGCUUAGAAACACCUAGACUACCACUGGAUGAUGAAAAAAAUAAUUUUGAAAAAGGACAAACAGAUGUUUUCAAAAGUUUUGGAGUAGAUGCUGACAUUAUAACUCUUGAGACAGUAGAUGUGGGACCCUUAGCAUUGGUGACAAUUGGCCACGACGGCUCUGGACCUGGGGCUGGCUGGUUUCUAGAUGAGGUGCGAGUUCGGAGAUAUAUCCAGAAGAAGGAGGCAAAGGAGUACAUUAAACGUGGUCGAGAUAAGCCGCUUUAUGAGGAGAGUGUGUUCCCUUGUAAUCGCUGGCUCUCCAGCAGUGACGACGAUAGGAAAAUAGAGAGACAACUCAAAUGUGACCAAAGAACUCUUCAUUGCGAAUAA